AUGCCAGACCCACCAGAGUAUGUGGUGUAUACAGAUUCAGAGUUGGACAUGGUGCGCAGUCAGUACUUUGCAUUGCUCCACAGUGGAAAGGAAAAGGACUGUAAGAUGUCGAAGGAGCUCUAUUGCAGACUUGUAAGGAACACAGUCACCAGCAUGGUUGCAAUCCUCCGUGCUAGUCCCAUGGGGAAAGAAGUAAGAUACCCCUCCAAACUCAAAAUGAGAGCAAUGUCACAGAAGAUUGUCGACUGUUACCCCAUGUUACUUGAUGCUGACACACACAUGCCAUACCUGACCAUCUACACCAAACUGUACAAACGACUCCAAAAUAUGACGUCUCCAAGGAAGAGGCAGGGCUCCAUGCCGCAACGAGGCAGGCUCGGGAAGACUCUUUUCAGCUCAGAUGACACAGACAAUGGGACUGAAAGUGACCUAAGUGGUGAAGCAUGUGGUUCAAGUGACUAUACCAUACUUCUUGAGAGCAAUGAUGACCUCAGCGAGGAUAACUCAAAUGCAGCAUACCAUGACAGCCUGAAGAUGCAGGCAAGGCAUUACAAAACCUUGAGCAACAUGUACAGGAAACCCAAUGCAAAACCCAACCAAAGUGACGUUGCUCAAAUUUUGGACCUGGAGUUUGAGGCCAGACGAGCUUUUAUUGACGCAGAUGUUACAAGGGAAGAAGACAGGCCCAGAAAAAUAUUUGAAGCAUACCCAUGCUUCAAAGACACACGAAAUGCAUUGGAUGAACUAUGUCGCAUUGUUGGUGGCUCCAACUGCAAAUACAUAGAUUAAAUGAAGGGUCGAUGGGCAGGGUUUUGUUCAAAGGUGCAGUUCUAUGGCAUUUGGAAGGUCCUGAAACCACCUCUCCCCUUGGAUGUACAUGGAGUGGAUUUUACUGUCACUCUCUUCAAUGCACUUCCAUCUCUUUUUCCUUCAAAAACUACACCACCAAAGCUGCUGAGAAGUGCCAGUGAGGCUCUCCUUCAUAUCCUCAAGCCGGGUGAAGAUGCUAUGCUAUACCUGGAGAAGCGGCCUCUCUCCUUCCCAGUGCUACUUUUUGAUGGGACAACCAGCAUUGUUGCUGUAGGAAAUAUACCAGUGACCACUCUCCCCUUGGAGGAUUUCUGGGAAGGAAUGUUGGUGUUGAUGGCAUAUUACUACACCUUGCACUUAAAAUACCCGAAAUGUGUUGUAACUGUUCUCUCUGUCAUACAAAUUGAGGUAAUCACUGAUGCCAUCCAUGAUCAAGAUGUCACUAGUGCAUAUAAGAAAGCAAUAGCUGAAUGGAAGUCAUUCUUUGAAAAAUAGGUGAAUACCAAGCAGAAUUUUAUCAGGUCUUUUGCAGUUUGUUUAGUUUUGUAGUACGUUUGUACAACUUUGUUCCUAAUUUGCCUAGCAAUGUCCUGAGAAACUGCUUUACUUAUAAUGCCUUACAAAUGAAA